AUCCUAGGCAGAUCUCUGCCUUCUUCAAAAGUAACCCACCACAUUAUUGUUAUUAUCAUUAAUUAAGUCCUAAUCCAGUGGGGUGAGGAGUCAUUUUAUUUACUUACAAUGAAAAUGUGGCAAUCUGCCCGCCUCCAAUUAUUGUACAAUCUUAGUAUCUUUUGAGUUGAAUCCAAGUGGGUCCACCUCUCGUAGUAUGUGGUACUUCCAUGGUGAUCCACGCCAUCUAAGACAGCUCAUUAAUCAUCAAUCAUCCCUAUUUCUUAACCCUGCAAGUAACCAUCCUCUUUAAUUUAAUUACAUCCAUUUAAGCGACCACACUUUGAAGGAAUCCAGUAACACCGAUCUAUUUACCAUUUUAUAAUGUCUGUGCUGGUAGAUUUUUGACAUGUGUAAUUCUUCUAUGUCCAUUACGAAUCAUAUAUAUAAUCUGAACCCGUCAGCAAUUAAGCUAGCCUCCACUCCAAACCACAAGCAUGAAACCAUCAACAAUUCUUAGAAGCCUCUCUUUGCGCAUUCCGGCCAGACUAUCAGCUUCUCCUGCGGUGGUCCCUCUGCCACCCAGAAGCCCAUUCGACCAACAAGUCACUGCAGAGUUAGAUACCCUGCUAGCAAGAGAAUCGCCAAAUCUCUCUGAUCAUGAUCUCACAACUAGUUUUAGUUGGCUAUUUCACGCACUCGGCGCAUCAAUCACCACCCAAAAGAUAGCCCUGGAGUCGCUCGCCAGUGUCAUAUACCGAGAUUCAGAUCGAAAAGCCAUGGACCAAUAUCUUAAUGACAAUGCCAAAAUGCUGGAUGCAUGCAAUGAAUUAUCAGACAAGUUAGAGAUUGUUCAAGAGUACGUGAAGUCAUUACGGGUAGUAUCGCACAUGCUGGAGGGCAAUUCUGAGCCUAUUUCAUCUAUUAUAGUACGUGCAAAACAAGUGUUGGAUGCAUGCAAAAGAAAGUGUGAUCAAACAAUAAACAAGUGUAGUACUAGUAGUAGCUCAGGCUGGUUGAGGAAAUUAGUAUUCCGAAACGAUGCAAGCAGCUUAUCAUUAGGAUCAGGAGACACGGGGGAGAUCUUGAACGGGUCCAAGGCUGCGGCAUUAAUGGCAUGUGGAAUUCUUGAAAUGGCGCUAUCAUUCAAAUCAUCAUCAACACUCAAACACACAAUACUUCAAUCUCAGCCCGUGUGGAAUUCGUGUUCCACGUCCAUGCUGUCGUCGGAGCUGCAAGAAGCGGUGAAUGUACUGGCUAGGAACCUGAGAGAUGAGGUGAAGUGCAUAAAGCAAAUGAAGAAGGUUAGAGCUGCCGCUGAUGAAUUGAAGAGAAGCUGCGAGAAAUUAGAAGAUGGGGUUAAGCCUUUACAGGAAAGAGUAAAAGAGUUGUAUCAACAUUUGAUUGCAGUUAGAAUGGUUGUAUUAGGAGUUUUAUCUCAGGCCUAAACACAUUAGGUGUUUUCAUGUACACAGAUUUGAUGUGAGAUGAGCCCAGAUUGUCUCUCCUCAAUCUCAUUUCAUUGUGUGUUAUAAAGAAAGAAAAAACAUCUUCCAAUUUUCUUUUUA